CAAUCACAAAACGUUGCCAAUUCACCGAACCCGAACGGUUCAUGCAUAUUUCAGCAACGUCGCUCUAUUGUGAUUGGCGAUUUCAAACUUUGAGCAACAAAGGUCGAACGUCGAAAUCCAAUAAACCGCCACGAAGAGAUGAGAAAGGUGCUACGUAUUCUUUACACCUAUGCAGUAUUAAUUACCAAAAUCAAGAUGAAUUCAGCCCUCACUUCCAAAGAGAUUCGAGAUACUUUCAUCAAGUAUUUUGUAGAAGAAAAGAAGCAUGAAUACGUUCAUUCUUCGUCAGUUAUUCCUCAUGAAGAUCCGACGUUACUUUUCGCAAAUGCUGGAAUGAAUCAGUUUAAACCCAUAUUUUUGGGUACAGUUGAUCCGAACAGCAAUUUGAGCCGGUUAACACGUGCUGUGAAUACACAAAAAUGCAUACGAGCUGGAGGAAAACACAACGAUUUGGACGACGUUGGCAAAGAUGUUUAUCAUCACACGUUUUUCGAAAUGUUGGGUAACUGGGGUUUCGGAGAUUAUUUCAAAAAAGAAAUAUGUACCUGGGCUUGGGAUUUGUUAACAAGAGUAUUCCAGUUGCCUAAAGACCAAUUAUACGUUACAUACUUUGGAGGAAAUAAAGAAGCCGGCUUAGACCCAGAUUUAGAAUGCAAACAAAUUUGGCUAGAUUUGGGAUUAGAAGAAUCUCGUAUUAUACCCGGAAGUAUGAAAGAUAAUUUUUGGGAAAUGGGAGAAACUGGUCCCUGUGGUCCUUGUUCUGAAAUCCAUUUCGAUAGAAUUGGCAACAGGAAAGUUCCAGAAUUAGUUAAUCAAGAUGAUCCGGACGUCUUGGAAGUCUGGAAUUUAGUGUUUAUUCAGUAUAAUAGAGAAUCAAGCGGAGAAUUGAAAUUUUUGCCCAAGAAACACAUUGAUUGCGGUUUAGGUUUCGAACGAUUAGUUUCGGUCAUACAAAAUAAGCGUUCAAAUUACGAUACUGAUUUAUUUACACCAAUUUUUGAUCGUAUUUUUGAGACCAGCGGCGUAAAGGUUAAAUAUGGAGGAAAAGUUGGAGCCGAAGACGUUAACGGGAUAGAUAUGGCUUACAGAGUUAUUGCCGAUCAUAUAAGAACGUUAACUAUCGCAAUGUCUGAUGGUGGUCGACCUGAAAACACUGGUCGAGGUUACGUUUUGCGACGAAUAUUACGUAGAGCUGUACGUUUUUCUACUGAAAAAUUGAACGCUGAGCCCGGUUUCUUUGCUGCUUUAGUCGAUACGGUUGUUGAUAUAUUAGGAGAUGUUUUUCCCGAAAUUCGCAAAGACCCACAGACGAUUAAAGAUGUUAUAAACGAGGAAGAAGCUCAAUUUCUAAAAACCCUCAAAACUGGGCAAUAUUUACUAAAACGAACGAUGGAAAAAAUGGAUCCUGCUGUUAAUUCAAUUUUCCCUGGUGAUAUUGCGUGGAAACUGUAUGAUACGUACGGUUUUCCAAUUGAUCUUACCCAGCUGAUGGUCGAAGAAAAAGGAUUCUCUAUCGAUAUGGCAGCUUAUGAGAAAGCUAGAAAAAUAGCGUUGGAAUUAAGUCAAGGAAAAGGUAAUGCUGUUGUUGACGAAUGCAAGUUAGAUGUUCAUGCCAUUGAACAAUUGAAAUCAGAUAAUAUACCUUUGACUGAUGAUUCUCCAAAAUAUAAUUACAAAGCAACUACGGAUUCCAAAGACGGAGCCUAUGAAUUUGAAAAAUGUGAGGCCAAAGUGGUAGCUAUUCGAUGUGGAAACAAAUUUGUGUCAGAAGCGAAAGAAGGAGAACAGUGCUGUUUAAUUUUAGAUAAAACUUGUUUCUACGCAGAACAAGGUGGUCAAAUAUACGAUCAAGGUUUCAUAACAGCGAAUGGUACUUACGGAAGUGAGACUUAUUCCGAGCUCAUCGUGGAUAAAGUAAUAAUACAGGGUGGAUAUAUUCUGCAUAUUGGUAAAAUAACUGCCGGUGUUUUUACUCGCGGUGGUCAAGUUGCUUUGAAUUAUGAUACGAAAAGACGUCGUUUAAUUAUGAAUAAUCACACCGGAACUCAUAUUUUAAAUCAUGCUCUACGUGAAGUUUUGGGUCCUGAUAGUCAACAAAAAGGAUCAUUGGUUGCUCCGGAUAGACUCCGAUUUGAUUUCUCUUGCAAGGCUGCAAUGACUGUUGACCAAAUUCGAAAAGCUGAGAAAAUCGUUCAAGAUAUUAUAAAACGUAAUGGCGUUGUUUAUACUAAACUAUGUCAAUUGGAAGAAGCGAAAAAAAUUUGUGGAUUGAGAGCUAUGUUCGAUGAAACUUAUCCAGAUCCUGUCCGCGUCGUAUCAGUCGGCGAACCUGUAGAAAAUUUAGAACAUGAUCCCUUAAGCAAAGCUUCACUUUUGACAUCGGUUGAAUUUUGUGGUGGAACCCAUGUGCAUCGUAGUGGACACAUUGAAGAAUUUCUAAUUACUAGUGAAGAAGCAAUUUCCAAGGGUAUUAGACGUAUUAUUGCAAUUACCGGACCUGAUGCUGAAAAAGCUUUAAGAAGAACCGGUGCGCUAAAAGCUCAACUAGAAGAGUUAAUUAAAUUAGAAAAAGAAUCAAACGAUUCCAAAGCAUUAAGUAAGAAGUGGGUUGAAUUAAAUGAUGAAGUUUCCCAUUCUUUGAUUUCUACUGGUUCUAAGGACGAACUGCGGAAAAAACUGAAUGAAUUGAAGAAAAAAGUUGAUACGAAAGAAAAAAAUGCUCAAAACGUUGAAAAUGCCAAAAUUGUCCAAGUGGCUAGCGAUUUAUUAAAUCAAGUUAACGGUGAACUCUUCUUAGUAGAAAAAUUACAAGCGGGUGCUAAUACAAAGGCUGUGGACAUGUCAUUGAAACAUAUCAUGAAAUUAAACAAAGAUUUAUCCGUUAUGUUUUUCACUGUUGAUCAAACUAGUGGAAGAAUAAGUUGUCUUUGCGCUGUGUCUCCGGUGGGAAUUCAAAACGGGCUUUCGGGUGACGAUUGGAUCAAGACCGUUAUUCCUGUAAUCAAAGGAAAAGGCGGAGGUAAAAAACAGUCCGGUCAAGCUUCUGGUAGCAAUUACGCCGCCAUCGAUGAAGCGAUUUCAGUAGCCAAGAAAUACGCUAGCGAGCAUUUCAAAACCACUGCCAAAGAGAAUACUCCACUUUCGUCGUCUUCGGAUGGCGCACCUCAAGGUUUAUAUUCGUACAACGACCUUGUAAAUGCAAGGAAUAAAAUCGCCGAGAAAUUCGCAGCUAGAGACGAAGUCUUUGGUGAUGAUGAGCUGGAAUUUUUUGGAAACGGAUCGUCGUAUUACGUUGCCAAUGUUAAUCUAAAGGCUCCGGGCAAUGUUUCUUUCAAUUCUGCUAAAGUAAUAGAGUGGUUGAAUUAUUCUGACAGCACAGUUUGGCCAGUCGUUAAUACGACUUUGAAAAAGGGGAAGUCAUCUGAAGAACUUUUACAACCUAUUUUCAAAUAUUUGAACGAUACGUUGAAAGAUAAGACGUUUUUAGUGGGUGAUAGAAUAAGUUUGGCCGAUGUAUCACUCUGUACCGCUUUAUAUCCUAUAAGCACGAAAUUGAAAAGUCUCAAAAAUAAAUAUAUCCAUGUUUUCAGGUGGUUUAAUACACUUAUCAAUCACCCACACGUACACAGCGUCAUUAGUUAAUGUCAAGUAUAUUUUGUAUUAAAUUCGCCAUGUCAAUGAAAAUAAAUGUCAGUUAAUUUUUUUUUCAUUCAUUUUUAAUUUUAUUUAAUCUGUUAUCAAAAUGAUUUAUCAAUAAAGAACAGCACUUCUUUCGGUUU